AUGCUACGGCGCUUCCACACUGUCAACGCCGCCGCCGCCGCCCUCGCCGCCGACGGCGCCCACAGCAGCACGCCCGGCCGGGGCGCCCCGGCGCCGCAGCCUCCCCCAGCGCUCGCCGCCGUCGCGCUGGCGCUGCACGCGCUGGGGAGUGUGCCGGCUGGCACUGGCGCGGACCCGUGUCCCGGCCGUCUGCGGGUGUCCGUGUCUCUCGGGCACGAGCAGCAGCUGCACGAAUUUCAGCACCGCGUGUUCCGCUGGCACGCCGCCCGUGCCCUGGGUUCGAGCGCACCGACCGGGGCGGGCGGCGACGCUCCACGCGAUGGUGGCGCCAGCGUUGAGGGGCCCCCUUUUGAGAACGCCGCCGAGCACAGCCCGGACGUGCUGCUUGGCAUCAGGACCCUGGAGCCGGCACGGCAGGUGGCCGCGCGGCGGUUGGGCUGGCGGAACGCGGCCGCAUCGCGGCACGACCCGACGGCUGGCGGCGGCCUGCCCUGCCCUGCGGACGAGCUUGACCGCCACCUGGGCCUCGCGUGCCGCGGCCUGCACCGGUGGCGGCACGCGAUGGGGUGUGCGCAGGCGGUGCACUGCUCCCUGGCCCACGACCGGGAGCGGGCGGCGCGCGCGGCGGAGCCGGGGCCAGGCGAUACGCACCUCUCGCUGGCCGGUUUUGUCAAGGAACUGGCCGCUGGUGUGAUGCGGGGUGACCUGGGACCCGCCGCCGAGGGGCUGGGGCCGCCCAUGGCCGCGGCCAAUGCAGCGGUCGCGGCUGUGGUGGUGGGAGCGGCGCCCGGGGCGGCGGCGCCGGCUGCAGACGUGGUGGGCGGGAGCCAGUUCGACGCCGGUGUGGCGGGGUGCGCGGCGGGCUGCCCCUGGUGCGAGGACGACGCGCGCAGGGAGCGCGAGUGGGCAGAGAGGCAGGAGACGAAGCAGCCGGCCGCUGGCACCGGUGGCGACGGCGACGGCGGCGGCGGCGACGGCGGAGGCGGCGGCGGCAGCGGCGACGGCAGCGGCGGCGGCAGCGGCGGCGGCGCGUCCAGGUUCGCCAGCGCGUACGGCGACUGGCCGGUGGAGCCUUCCUCCCCCUUCAUGUGGCGCCGCCUGUGGUGGGGCCUCCUGGGCCGCCUCGCGCCGCGCGCGCGCGACGCGCUCGUGUCGCAGGCGGGCAUGUGCCCCCACAGCUGCGACAGGGAGCUGUGGCACUCGGCCUUCCACGCGGUGCGCAAGUCGGUGUUUUUGGUGCGAGACCCGCGGGUGGCCGCACUGGCGGGGCUGCAGCUGCAGCUGGCAGCAGACGACCCGGUCCGGCGCGAGGCGGCCGCAUAUGCGCGCGGGCUCAACGCAGCGUUUGAGCAGGCGUACUCUCCCGCCAUGGUGGUGCGCGCCGCGCGCGUGCUCGAGGCGCUGGGGCCGCUGGCCGAGUCCCUCGACCCGCCCGCCGACGCCGUGCCCCUCUGGCCCGCAAUGGCGCAGCAGGCGGUGUCCGCGGCGCUGCUGCAGAGCCUGGGGCCUGGCGGGUGGGCGCACCGGCCGCCGCCCAGCACCUACAGCGGCGACUGCUGGUUCAAGGGCGACGGCGACGAGGGGGAGGGCGGCAUGCCCACGUGGCCCGUGUGGUUCCACCUGCACAUGCUGGGCGUGCUGGGGGACGAGGGCGGCCGCGACGAGGGCGGCGGCGGCAGCGCGGGGUCAGCUGGGGCAACGGCACCAACGUCUGCGUCCGCGGCGCAGGCGGCCGCGGUGCGCUGCUCAGAACCGAGGGGCGAGGAGGACGCGCGUGCGGGCCGCAUGGCUGAGCUGCUGCGCGCAGUGUACAGCGACCCCGAUGCCAGGCUGGCUGCAGCGGAGUUUGCGGUGCGCCAGGCCUUCCUGCCGCGCGACUUCCAGCAGCUGCAGCGCCAGGGCUGGUACUUCUGGAACUGCAUGCCCCCUCAGUUCUGGGCACAGCGCCUGGAGGCCGGCGCCAGGCCCGUGCGCGGCUGCGACCAGUGCGGGCAGUCACCCCUGCCCGGCCGCCCAUUCACCCUGUGCCCAGGCUGCAGCGUCGCCAGCUACUGCAGUGACGCGUGCCUCCAGUCCGCCGCAGCUCGGUCGGACGAAACGCCGCGCCGCAUUGGGCAUGGCGUCAUGUGCCCGCUGAUGCAGCGGGGGCUGGCGGAGGCUACAGCGCGACUGCGCCGGCAGCGCGUUGACGCGCUCGGCAGCAGCCAUGGGGCCGCGGGCAGCUACGGUUCGCUGCGUGGCGGGCUUUGGCUUGCGGGGUUGGCGCCCGGGCUUGUCAAGCAGCCGCACCACCAGCACCGCCACGGUCAUCCACAGCAGCAGCAGCAGCAGGAGCAGCAGCAGCAGCAGCAGCAGGAGCAGCAGCAGCAGCAGCAGCAGCAGCAGCAGCAGCAGCAGCAGCAGCAGCUGCUGCACAAGGAGCAGCAACACCAGCAACAGCAGCCAGGAACAUCCCUCGACGGCAGUGCGCUGGUGGAGGGUGUCGCUGUCGGCGGGCUCGCUGGCAGCGGCGGGCUCGCUCUGGCCAAGUGGCCGCGUGCGCCGGUUGGGCCAGCUCGCGCAGAUUGCGAUGCGGCCACCGACGUCAUGUUUGCUGACGUCCUUGCAGGCUUCGGUCACUAUGGCGAGACGUACAGGCACAAUUACGGGCGCCCCAAGUUCAGCCGCGUGCAGCCCAGCAAAUCUCUGCAGGCCCGGCUUGGGGCGCACCGGAAGGGUGGCGACGACGACAGCGCCGCGCAGUAA